CAUAAGCAUCAAGAAUCAGUAGCAAUUUUGGAACUCUCAAGUGUGCAUCAGUCUAAAUUAUUUCGCAGUAUUUUUCUAAAGUUAUUUUACAUAAACCGAUUACAAAAAUUCAAUCAUGUCUGAUUUACAUCCAUAUGGCAUGCCAAUAACAAUUUUGAAGUUAGAUGAUUCAAAGGAAGCUAUGGUCAACACAACCGACCUUGAAAAAAUUCUGCUCAAUGAAGAAAUCAAAGAUCGAAAAGUUAUGGUUCUGUCACUGAUUGGAGCUUUUCGUGGAGGCAAAAGUUUCCUUCUCGACUACUUUUUGAGGUUUAUGUAUGCACAUUAUCCAUCACUUAACAAUCCAAAACAAGUCGCUGGAUCAUUUGAUAAUAAUCAAAACUGGAUGGGCGAUGCAAAUGAACCUCUUCUUGGAUUCUCCUGGAGUUCAGGAACAACACGAGUAACAACGGGAAUUAAUAUGUGGAAUGAUGUUUUUCUUCACACGAUGGAUGGAACUGGUGAGAAAAUUGCAAUCAUUCUUAUCGAUACUCAAGGGCUGUUCGAUAAUGUAACGACUCAAAAUGAUAAUUCAAGAAUCUUUGGUCUCGGAACAUUGGUGUCUUCAGUUCAGAUAUUAAAUCUCAAUAAAUUCAUUCAAGAAGAUCAAUUGCAAUAUUUACGAUAUGCUACAGAAUUUGCAACUUUUACUGCACUUGACUCAAAAAAGACCACUGAAAGACCAUUUCAAAAGUUAACUUUUCUCAUUAGAGAUUGGGGAAAUCCAGAUGAAUUCGAAUUCGGGCUUACGGGUGGAAAUUAUUUUCUAAAAGACGUCCUUAAAGUCCAAAAAGACCACAAACCUGAAUUACAGGAAGUUCGUCAAUCCAUUUCAAAGUCAUAUGAUCAAAUCAACUGCUGCUUACUUCCAUAUCCUGGAAUUGAAGUUGCAUCGGCCAAAAAUUAUGACGGAUCAUGUGCAAAAAUGGAUCCACUUUUUAAAAAGGAACUUAAAAGUUUUGUUGAGCAAAUCUUACUUCCCAAAAACCUAGUUUUGAAGAAAAUCAAUGCAGUCGAGCUUACAUGCUCUGAAUAUAAGACACACAUUGAAACUUACUUCAAGCUUUUUCAAUCGAAUGAUAUCUUGAAAGUUCAAAACGUUUAUGAUGCAACAAUUGAUAGCUCAAUGAACAUCUUGAUAGAAAAAUGCAUCAAUGAAUAUAAUGCAAGAAUCAGCAAUGAAAAAGAAUUGAUGGAUGAACGUCAUAUCUCUGUUAUUCACGAAGGAAGUAAGAUAGUGGCAUUGGAUAUGUUUAAGAACGCAAAAAAGAUGGGAACACAAGAGCACGAACAAAAGUUUGGUGAUAAAUUAAAAGAACAAAUUGGAAAGAUCUUUGAGGAAUGGAAGCAAUAUCAAUUGAAUAUUAUAAAAAAGAAUCAAGAGAAGUUGGAAGCUGAGAGUGCCAAAAGACAAGCAGAAGCAGAUGCAAAAAAAGCUGAAAAAGAAAGAAUAAAGGCAGAGGAAGCAGAAAAAGUAGCAAAAGUGCAAGCAGAACAAGCUGAAAAAGCCAAACUGGAAGAAACCAAGAAAGCUGAAGAAGCUUUAAAAGCAUAAAAGCGAGCAGAAGAAGAAACAAAGAAAGCAGAACAGGAGAAACAAGAGAAAAUACAACUGGCUAGAGAAGCAGAAUUUGCCCGAAAGCAAGCCCAAGAUCAAGCUGAACAAGCAAGAAAAGAUAAAGAAAGAGCUGAAGCAGCUCAGCGUCGUGCAGAAGAGGACAAGAGACGAGCAGAGCAAGAAAAGAAAGAAAUUCAGGAUGCUGUCAAUCGAAGACAGCAAGGAAGAAGAUUGAAUGAAAGGGACAUGGCAAUUUUAGGAGUAAGCUCAUUGGGUGGACCAGUUGGUCUUGCAUUAGGAGGUGCUGCGGUUGCAUUAAGAAAGCUUUUUAAAUGAAAAGUUUUAAAAUGACAGGAGUCGAUAUUUACAAUUAUUCACUUAAUCCUUUAUGUUAUUCAUAGAAGUACGAUAAGGCACUCUAGCAGUGCUGCAUAUAACUCAUUUCAUUAUAAC